CUCAAUUUUAUUUCCUAUUUCUCGCUUUCUCCUUUCUCAAACAAACCCUUGCUUUCGUGUAAAAUCUCUAGAAACCCAACUCACCGAUUCACAACCGAUCCAACUCACAAUGGAAAACCAAGGGGAAACUCAGCAACCGCAUCUCGUCCUCUCUCACAAGCUAUUCCUCUUGACUCACCCAGACGUCCAAGACAUCGAGAAGGUCCGCUUGAAGGAGGAGGUUUUGACCACUAUCAAAUCCGACGAUAUGGUUCCGUUGUAUGAAACCCUAGUGGCGGAGUCAUUGCUGGAGAAAGAUCAGAGUCUUUUGGAUUCGAUGCGAGCUAAGAAUGAAGACGAGCUUAAGAAGCUCGAUGAGAAGAUUGCUGACGCUGAAGAAAAUUUAGGUGAAAGUGAAGUUCGAGAAGCUCAUUUAGCUAAAUCCUUGUUCUACAUUCGGAUUGGUGACAAGGAGAAAGCAUUGGAACAACUCAAGGUGACAGAAGGCAAAACAGUUGCCGUUGGGCAAAGGAUGGACUUGGUGUUCUAUACUUUACAGCUUGCAUUUUUCUACAUGGAUUUUGAUCUCAUUUCCAAGAGCAUUGACAAAGCAAAGAACUUGUUUGAAGAGGGAGGUGACUGGGAAAGGAAGAACCGCUUAAAGGUUUAUGAAGGCUUGUAUUGCAUGUCCUCUCGAAAUUUCAAGAAGGCAGCUGACUUAUUUUUAGAUUCUAUCUCAACCUUCACUACAUAUGAACUUUUCCCAUAUGAUACCUUCAUAUUUUAUACUGUCCUUACAAGCAUCAUAUCACUGGAUAGAGUUUCUUUGAAGCAAAAGGUGGUAGAUGCUCCUGAGAUCUUGACAGUGAUUGGGAAAAUCCCAUAUCUUUCAGAGUUUUUGAACUCAUUGUAUGAUUGUCAAUAUAAAUCAUUUUUCUCAGCAUUUGCUGGCCUGACCGAGCAAAUUAAACUGGACCGUUAUUUGCAUCCACACUUCCGAUAUUACAUGAGGGAGGUCAGAACUGUUGUCUAUUCCCAGUUCUUGGAAUCCUACAAGAGUGUUACCAUUGAAGCAAUGGCUAAGGCUUUCGGGGUGACAGUGGAUUUUAUUGAUCUGGAACUAUCACGUUUCAUUGCAGCAGGGAAGCUUCACUGCAAGAUUGAUAAGGUUGCAGGUGUUCUUGAAACCAACCGCCCUGAUGCGAAGAACGCUCUCUACCAAGCAACUAUCAAGCAAGGAGACUUCUUAUUGAACCGGAUCCAGAAGCUGUCUCGCGUGAUUGAUCUUUGAAGUAGGUAGACAUUUUGUUGUGAUUCAGAAAUGAUUCUGAAACUUGAGAAUCCCAGAGAAAGAUGGAGCAUGUUGAUUUUUUUUUUCAUCAUUUGAUCAAUGUGAUACUAGUUAAAAUGCUCCUUAUUUGUUUAUUUGCCCAGGUAUUGUUAAGAAUCUGAGCAUGAUCACGGGUGUCAGUUUUUAUUUUCUGAAUUGAAUUCCUUUUCAGAUGCUUA